AAAUUUCAAUGCCUCAAUUGUCUGUCAACAUAAACCCUAAACCCUAGCACGAAUUUUUUCUUCGAUUAAUCCCGAAAUCCAAAAAUGUUUGCUGCUGCGAUUUCCAAGCGCAAAACCCAUUUGAGAGUUUCAACAUUGUUACGCCACUAUUACUGUUCCAGUUGCCGCAGACCUUUUUCAUUCACCACUCUGCAGGGGUUCAGAAAAAUCCAUCUUGUUAAUUCUGUUAAAUCCAUCCCAAUAGGAGCCUUCUGGAUUUGGCCGUUCUUCCAAAUUCUGAGUUAUUAUGUUUCUAGUCAUCGUUCAAUUGCAACACAAACUUCUCCUUCUCAUGAUAUGCAUGAUAGAAUUUUGAAUGAAAUACUUUCCGAGUUGGAGAACUCUGCAAUUUCUUGUGAGAAAAUAUGUAUCUCCAAGAUUGAUAAGCUAUGUAGUGCUGGAGACCUUACAACUGCUGCUAGACUAUUGCGGUCUUUACGUGAGCAACGAAUCUUUCUUGGCCCUCGAGCAUAUAAUAUCCUUCUUCAAGCAGCAGGUGAACAAGAUGACACUGAUAUUCUAUUACACACUUUCAAGGAUUUAUUGGUAUUCUGUAAUUCUAUUAAGUCGGCUUCCUGUCAGAUCCUUGCCAAGGCUCUGGUUAAGGAAAGUGAUGAUGUUUUCUUGUUGAAAUUUGUCAGAGAAGUUUCAGAAUUGAUAAUUCCAAUAAGUGCAAUCACUUUGAACAGGAUCAUAUUUGCCUUUGGUGAGUUUAGACAGAUUGAUAAAGCUCUGAUAAUAUUCGAGGAAAUGAAGAAUCUGAAGUGUAAACCAGAUUUGGUUACAUAUAACACUAUUUUAGUGAUAUUGGGCCGGUGUGGUCAGGUAGAUGAUAUGCUUCAUAAGUUUGCUGAAAUGAAAGAGGCCAAUAUUGCUCCAGAUACUAUUUCUUAUAAUACCAUUAUAAAUAGUUUACGCAAAGUCGGUAGGCUUGAUUUAUGCUCAGCAUUUUUUAAAGAAAUGGGUGAAAGAGGAGUUCAACCUGAUUUGCAAACAUACACACCAUUGAUUGACAACUUUGGAAGGUCUGGGAACAUUGAGGAAGCACUGAGACUUUUUGAUGAGAUGAAGCACCGAAGAAUUCGCCCAUCGAUUUAUGUCUAUCGUUCGCUAAUUAGUAACUUAAACAAGAUGGGGAAGUUGAAGUUAGCUACAAAAUUUUCAAACGAGAUGGAUGCAUGUCUUUCAGGUCUUGUUGGUUCAAAGGACUUCAAAAGGAAAAAGAGAUAAAUGAACUCAAAAGAGUUGAUGUUUGGUUUCUUUUUGACUCUGCAAUCUCAGAGAAACCCUUUUGCUGAACUCUGCAUCUUUGUUGGAUAUCGUGGGUCAAAAGGCAUUAUACGGUAUGUUCUGAAAAACCAUUUAUCUCGAGGUUCAAGAUUUGUUAAGAGUCUGCAAUACUUAGGGAUACUUUGCAUGGUUUGAUGUUCAGAAGUACUGCAGUAACAAAUGGAAUAACAUGAAUUUACUCAACUCAUUGUCAUGCUUAAAGAGAGCACUAAGUGGACUUCCUUCUUUUGAUUAUAAGUCUGGAAAAUCUGGGCGUACAUGACUUACAGCUGGUUGUAUCUGUCCGCUUGCUAAAUGUUUCAUCGGCUAGUAGGAAACUCGAGCAAUUUUGAAGAUUGUAAUGGACCUCUUAGCCUUUGGAUUAACAACCGUUGCUGUGCUGUGAACAAGAUCUUGAGUAAAGAUGCUACAUGGUUAUCCUCAAAUGAUAAACUAGCGUUGGGGAUCGUGGCCGCAGUGGUACCAUUGAUCUCCUUGGUACAAUUUUGUGUGUCUGCUAACCUGUUAGAUAUGCAGGCAUAUGUAGAUUGAUUCUGAAGAUGUACGUAAUGUUUGUACCAUUCCAUAUCUCUGGUGGCUGGUGACUUGUGCUUUGAUAAUCUGGUUAUAGGUCUAGAAGCUUAAAGUAAAUAUGCUCAUUUGUAAUUGUUAUUUUUUCAUUAUUUGUCUUUGUAGAUUUUUUAAUGAGGAUUACUGGUUGACAUGUUAAAA